CUCCUGGGGCCCUCGUUGUUUGUGCUUGUGUCGAACCCGUGAAUGGCCUCCGCCAUCAUCGCCGGCGCCGGCGCCUCCACAGGAGCCGCGGUCGCACGAAUGUGCGCCGCACGCGGCCUCGCUGUGCACGGCGCGCGGCGCCGGCCACCACCGCAGCAGAGCGGCGAUACGUUCACGGUAUCUGCAGUGGACUUUCGCGAUGAGGAGUCCGUCGAGGCGUUCGUGGCUCGCGUCGAGGAGUCCUCUGGGCCUGUCGCGCUCGGCGUGCACAACAUUGGAGCGAAUGUUCAGUUCAGCGUGGCUGACACGACGCCGCAAGUGUUCAGGAAGACUUGGGAGCUUGCCGCGCUGUCGUCGCUCCACUUUGCGCGGGCGCUCGGCGCUCGCAUGGCGUCGCGCGGCGAAGGCACGCUCAUAUUUACGGGCGCCACAGCCUCGCUGAGAGGCGCGGCUAGUUUUAGCGCGUUUGCCGCGGCGAUGCACGCCAAGCGCGCGCUCGCGCAGUCGCUGGCGCGCGAGCUCGGGCCGCAGGGCGUGCACGUGGCGCACGUCGUCAUCGACGGGCCGGUCGACACGCCGUUUGUGCGGCAGCUGCUCGGCGAGGAGAAGUAUGGCUUGCUCAAGCAGCGCGGAGGCUUGCUCGAGCCCGACGCCAUUGCGGAGCACUACUGGGCGUUGCACCAGCAGCCCAAGUCCGCCUGGUCGUUUGAGAGCGACCUACGGCCGUACGCCGAGCGAUGGUGACAACUGCCGAUGUCUGUGAGGUGCCGCCGCUAGCUACACCUAGGUAGUGUGUGCCAGUCACUUCCACACCCUUGUCGUGCCAGCGAGAGAAAGAUCAAAGAAAAAAAUCGCACCUC